AUGGCUUCUCUACCAAAGGAGUAUGCAUCACUUAAGGCUGGACGUUCGAUUGAGUCAUCAAGCAAAAUCAGCUCAUUGAAUCCGUUUUUAGACUCCGGUGGAAUGAUUCGUGUUGGAGGACGCCUUCAAAACUCAAGUUUGAGUUUCAAUGCCAGACAUCCGAUCAUACUGCCCAGAUACCAUCCACUUACUAGAAGUAUCAUUGAGCACUAUCAUCGCAAACUAUUGCAUGCCGGACCCCAAGCGUUACUUGCAACCAUUCGUCUGCAAUAUUGGCCUAUUGGAGGGAGGAAAGCUGUAGCUCACGUACUUAACAAAUGUAUUCAGUGCUUUCGCGCCAAACCGAAGUUAUUGCAGAAUAUCAUGGGUGAAUUGCCAGCAGAACGCGUUCAGAUGCAACGCCCCUUCCACACUACUGGCGUCGACUUCUGNUAUUCUUUUGCUUCUCAACCAAGGCUUGUCAUUUAG